CCAAACGUGGCCUCACCAACACCCGUAAAAGUAUACGACGAAAUCUUGCGAUCCGACGAAUCCAAGUUGCCAACAAAGCUCACACGUUUGCAAAUUUGGCACUGGAAAAAAGAAUACAGCACAGCAGUUGAUAGCAACUUCAUUUAAAUACCCACAACGAAAGAGAAGCCCAGAAAUCCCGUCCAUUUCGCAGCCCCUUAGGUCGGGCUUUGUUUUCUUCCCCCGGCGGCGCCCAUACGCACACGAUGCACUCCACACUAGUCCGGCUCCAAAACACCUUUGGCUUCUUCACGACGGUGGCCUUUGUGGUCGCGGCCGUGAUAGCCGUCUCCGAUCUCUUCUCCGCGCGGACGCCGACCGCCCCGACCCUCCGCCCCACCACCGUCGCGGUCAACAAGGGCCGGCCGCACUACUACAGCAGCAAGAAGGAGGAGUACGCCUCGAUCCGCUUCGACCUCGAGGCCGACCUGUCGAGCCUCUUUACUUGGAACACCAAGCAGCUCUUUGUCUACGUCACGGCCGAGUGGAAUGAUCGUGGUAGCAGCGGCAGCAGCAGCAACGUGACGGCCGCCAACCAGGCUGUCAUUUGGGAUAGCAUCAUCACCAGCCCGAGCUCCGACCAUCUCUCCAACCUGGGCCCGCAUACGCUCAAGAAGCUGAAGAAGAGCGCCGCUGGCAAGACGAUUGAUCCGAGCCGCGGAAUCCUCAAGCUCAAGAACCAACGCCCCAAGUACCAAAUCACACACCCGAGCGGCAAGCUGGCCCAGACGCCCGAGGUUCGCCUGCGCCUGCACUACAACGUCCAGCCCUGGGUCGGCGUCCUCGCCUGGAACCAAGUCCGCGACAUUGCAAAGUGGAAGGCCAUGGACAAGGGCCUCAGCGAGCCAUUCCCGCUGCCCGCCAUCAAGGUCAAGGGGACUUCAAAGGCCAAAAAGGCAUAAAACAGAAACGGUUAUUAAAAUAUAGAAAAAACAAAAACAAAAAACUGGGUUCACGAAGGGUUUUAGUUUUUAGUUUUUUUUUCCUGUACGAAAAUGCAGGACCGAGUAUAAAGCUCCAUUUUUAGCUUCCGAUAUUCUUCCAUCACAUUAUCUUUGGUACAUUUUUGCCAAGGCGGAUAGAACCUUUUCG